UAAUAUUUAGCGUAAUAAGACUAAUAAGCGAACUUCGAGAACUAGAAUUUAAUAAAAUAACUUUGUUUACUCAGUGUAACUAGUGCUUAAGUUUGUGAUUGCAGUUAUAAAUUUGCAUUGGUAAAUUAUGAAAGGAGACAUUGAGAUUAAUAAUAAAGAAAAUGAAGCCACGAAAACGCCCAUGCAGAUAUUGGAAGAAGCCCUGGAGUAUAGCAAAUUUGGCUAUUUCAACUACAAACUAAUGUUCGCGACUCUCAUGGCUGUGUUCUCCUACACAAGUGUGACCACGACAUCUUCUUAUAUCCUCUCCAGUGCAGAAUGUGAUCUUAAUAUGAGUAUAAUGCAGAAGGGGUUAUUGAAUGCCAUGCCAUUUUUUGGGCAAGUAGUGGCAGGCCCGUUUACCGGGUUUGUAACGGACGCACUCGGACGAAAGAUGUUUCUAGUUUGGGGGCACGCCGGGAUUUUGGCAUGCGCGCUUCUCGAGGGCACGAGUCAAUCAUACUGGAUGUUAUUGCUUGGGAAACUUCUGGAUGGCAUAUUUUUAAGCUUCACAUUCAGCGCAACAGCCGUCAUGGUGACAGAGUUCACCCACAAAGGCGUAAGAGACAGAGUAUUAUUGGUGUACUCUUCUUUUAUGUCCUCAUCGCUCAUCCUUUGCGCAUUAGUAGCCUGGGGAAUACUAACGAAACCAUGGGACUUUAUCAUCAUUAAAGGAUACCUUGAAUUCCACCCAUGGAAUAUGUAUCUUUACUCAACCGCUAUCACGAGUUUAAUAGCAAUGUUAUUCUAUAUUCAUUUGCCAGAAAGCCCCAAAUUUCUUCUUACACUAGGUAAAGAGUCAGAAGCUCUGGAAGUCAUCAAAAGAAUAUAUCACGAAAAUAGUGGACAGCCAAAAGACUCUUUUCCCAUAACAUCGUUUAACGCUUCUGGCGUACACUAUACUCCAGAAAACAUCAGCAUAAAGAAACAACUGACCAACGCGUUAUUUCAAUCAAAGGAGUUAUUCAUGAGACCGUUAAUCUAUAUACUUAUGUUAUUUGCGACCUCGACAUUUGUAAAUUUAUUUGCGUAUUCCGCGCUAAGGCUUUGGUUCCCUCAAAUUUCCACAAUUAUAGAAAAUCACCAGAGCAAACAUGGCGGCGAAACUGACCGUUUCUGCGUCAUGAUCGACGGCUACACGAGCGAGCUGGCUACCAAUGUGUCGCUGGCUGCGGCGAACAAUAGCAUAUCAGAUAUCUGUGUACCUCACCCCGCAGGUGCUGAUACGUACAUCAACGGGAUAAUCCUUGGAAUUCUAUCUCUGGCUCUAAUCCUCAUCAGCACAGCUCUGGUGGAUUUCAUUGGCCAGAAGCUCCUAAUGUUCGUGUUAUUCAUAGCCUGUGCUACGUGCUCAUCUGCACUAUACUGGACGAGUUCCUCAAUAUCAAUUGGCAUACUGCUAGCUGCCGCGUGUGCAUUGAUGCAAUGUGCAUUGAGUCUACAAAAUUCUGUGCUUAUGAGAUCGGUUCCUACUACUGUAAGGGCACUGGCGUUGGCAUUGAUAAUAAUGUUGGGAAGAGUAGGAUCUCUAGUGGGAAGCGUUUUAUUCCCUGUGAUGUUAGAAGAAGGCUGUAUGUUUCCGUUCAUGAUGUUAUCCAUUAUAACACUAUGUGUUGCCGGAUUGGUUUAUUUUUUUCCGAACCCAAAGAAAGAAAAUAGUGCUGCCGGAGACAAAUAAAAACGUAGACAAUAAAUGAAAGACAGAACAA